CAGGAGGCUGAGGCAGGAGGAUCGCUUAAGCCCAGCAGGUUGAAGCCGCAGUGAGCCAUCAUCAGACCACUGCACUCCAGCCUGGGUGACAGGGCGAGACCCUGUCUCCAAAAAAAAGAGUAAUUGAAAAAACUCCACAAAUGUCAAAUGCAGUAGUGAGAAGCGGGGAAGAGUAGAAUAAGGAGUUGGAUGCGUAACUGACUGUGAAUAAUCAAUUGAGUUGACUCACUGCCUUCAGACCAGUCCCACCCAGCUUCUUAACUUCUGAACCCUCCAGUCAACAUGAUGUCAAUGCCCAAACAAAAUUCUUGAGCCAAGAAAAGAUUUUACAGUAUUCACUUUAGCAAGAAGAACAACAGGGUUAGAUUAUGGACUGGGUUGAUAAACAUAAUCAGCUAUAGACGUUAGAAUUUUAAAAAUAUUUUUCUUCAACUUGUAGGACUUAGUUUCUGAAACUUACAGAAAUGUUCAAGCCUACAAAAAAUAUAUGAACUCCUGUGUACUCAUCAGCUAGCUUCAAAAUUUUGCAUGAUUUUUUAGUCUAAUUAAUUUUUUUUGUUUGUUUUCAGACAGACUCUCAAAAAAGAGUCUCGCUCUGUUGCCCAGGCUGGAGUGCAGUGGGGCAAUCUCAGCUUACUGCAACCUCCGCCUCCCGGGUUCAAGCAAUUCUCCUGCCUCAGCCUCCCGAGUAGCUGGGAUUACAAGCGCCCACCACCACGCCCACCUAAUUUUUGUAUUUUUAGUAGAGACAGGGUUUCCCCAUGUUGGCCAGGCUGGUCUCAAACUCCUGACCUCAAGUGAUCCACCAGCCUUGGCCUCCUAAAGUGCUGGGAUUAUAGGCAUGAGCCACCAUGCCCAGCCAGUUAAUUAAAAUUAUUAGUAAUAAGCCCAUCUGGUUAAUGGGAAGCUCCAUUUUUAUGGAAAGCAGUUGAGUGGGAAAAUGUGUUAUUACUAUCAAUCAUUCCAUUAUCUCUCAGAAUAUAGUCUACUUAGAUCACAAGACCAAAUUGCCUAAAAAGAAAUAAGGAACCUUGGGUUGUGUAAAAAUUCAAGCUGUCUUGAAGCCCAGCCCUUUGAUUUCUUGCGAGCGAGAGAUGCCCAGGCCAGGACAUUGGCCUCUGCGACCUUUGAUUUACCAUAUUUAAAUACAGAUUCUAGAGCAGCCCUCAGACUGUUGGCUUUGGUAAGUCUUGGUACAUCGGAGAGAGGUGCCCAGGAAUCUGCAUGUCUGACAGGGUCCCCAGGUUGACUGGAACUGAUCCCCCAUGGACCACACUUUGGAAAAUAGUUCUAUCUCACAAUCCCAGACUAUAAAGUGAUAAUGAAGUUUAUCAUGGUAAUUUAAGUCACAGAGCACUCCCAACUAGCAAAUUCGGCUGGGUUCGUUACUUAAUUAAUGAUUUUUUUUUUUUUUUUUUGAGACAGGGUCUCACUCUGUCACCUGGGCUGGAGUGCAGUGGUGCAGUCUCAGCUCACUGCAACCUCCAUCUGCUGGGCUCAAGCAAUCCUCCCACCUCAGCCUCCUAAGUAGCUGGGACUGCAGGCGUGCACCAGCAUACCCAGUUAAUUUUUGUAUUUUUGUAGAGACGAUGUUUUGCCAUGUUGCCCAGGCUGGUUUCAAUCUCCUGAGCUCAAGUGAUCAGCCCACCCCGGCCUCCAAAAGUGCUGGAAUUACAGGUGUGAGCUACCAUGCCCAGCCAGUUAACAACUGCUAAUCGUCAGAGACAAAAAGGGAAAGGUCAAUUUUUUAUAGCAACAUUUUUAAUAUCUUUGUGAAUUCAGAAAUGCUGGUGGACUGAUUGCUGAGUGUUCAGGGGGAUUCUAUGCCCCCUCAGUGCCAGCCUCUGAAGCCCCCUGCACUUGCUUCUCAGUAUAUGGCAUCAGCCGUUUCUCUGGAGAUCGUGGUUUUCAUGCUGGAAGUUAUUACUCCCUGAUGGGAAGUGAGUUCACUUAAGUAUCAUGUCGUUUAAGUGUUUUUUGUGAUCUUUGACCUCCAAGUUCACACAUCUAUCUCUGUGCAUUCGACACAGUGGCCUUUUUUCCUUUUGGAAAAGCUGUGCUUCCUGAGAACUAUAGGGAAACUGUUUUCUUGAGGGCAUGGGGGGAGUUACAGGGUCGAUUGUGACCCAGGCACAGCCCUGGUGCUCUUGAUGACGGCAGAGACUGUGUCUUACUCAUCUUUGAGUCCCUCGGUGCAUCCUGCACACAGCCUGGCACCUUGUCCUAGUGCCAGUGAAAGGGGAAGCCAGCUUGGAAGAGAGCUGCUGGCUCAUAUGGAACAAGGUUGGAUUCUUGUGGGUUUGGUCUGCGUGGAGGGUGGUGGCAGUGGUGGGGAGGGGCUGUUCUCCCUGACAUCCACUGGGGCCCUCUGCCAGAUGCCGGACAGAAGAGUAGUGUCUGUGGGCCCAGCCAAGUGGAGGGACUCCAGAAGCUUUCAGCUCUGCGGAGCUUUGUGAGAGGAACAAUGAGUUCCUUCCUGUCCCUGAAAGGCCUUUCAGGGCUACCCUGCAUGAUGGGACGGGCAAGCCUUGGGGCCUGGCUUCUUUAAAGAAGUAGGCUCGGUUACAACAUAGAUCGAGCCCCACAAUGUCUGGUGCUGAGUUGCUGGGUAGGGGGACAGCCGAAUUCCAUGGACGGGCCAGAGCUCCAUGCUCCCGUCCACCCACACACACACAGUUGGCAGAUGUGUCUGUUCCCUUCCUUGCUCCCCCAGCUCAUGGUUCCCCAGCCUCCCUCUUGUUCAUUUGUUACCAUGUGCACUCUCCUUUUCUUUUUCUCUUUCUCUCUGGCCUUCCUCCCUUCCUCUCCUUGUUCCCAAGAGCUAUCUACAUGUCUUGAAGUUCUGCCCUUUGAUUUCUCGGGAGGGAGAGGAUGCCCAGACCAGGACAUCAGGCAGCCAUCCCAUCACCUAGCAGAGAAACCAUCCUGGGAAAUAGGGCAACCUGGAACUCCCCUCGGUGCUGACAUGAUGACAGUGUGCAGGCCGGCCAAAGGCAGCUACAGCCAGACUGAAAACCUGAACUACAAAUUGGCUGACAAGGUCAAGGUGGAAGGUCCAAGGACUGAGAAAGACCCUCGAAGGCAUCCACUUUAGUCCUCCAUUCCAUUCCUAGAGACUGAUCAGGAGUCGGGCUUCAGAAGGAGCCCCCUGGAAGGCCUCUGCAACCUCACGCUAGAGUCAAGAAUGGAUAUGUUCAGCUUGGAUAUGAUCAUCAGUGACCCAGCUGCAGAAGCCAGCAGGGCUGGGAAGAAGCAGCUCAGAGGCGUUCAGAACCCUUGCCCAUCUGCCAGAGCCGGACCCCGGCACAAGUCCCUCAACAUAAAGGACAAGAUAUCAGAAUGGGAAGGGAAGAAAGAGGUGCCUGCUCCUGCGCCCAGCAGGAGAGCAGACGUACAGGAGGAUUAUCUGCCAUCCUGUAUGGUGGAGAGGAGGAGUAGUGAUGGGGUGAGAACUCAGGUCACAGAGGCUAAGAAUGGAAUGAGGCCAGGAACAGAGAGGACAGGGAAGGAGAGGAAUAAAGGAGCAGUGAACGUCGGGGGACAGGACCCAGAGCCGGGGCAAGACCUAAGCCAGCCAGAACGGGAAGUGGAUCCCAGCUGGGGCCGAGGCCGAGAGCCAAGAAUUGGCAAGCUACGCUUUCAGAACGAUCACCUCUCAGUGCUGAAGCAGGUCAAGAAACUCGAGCAGGCUUUGAAGGAUGGGUCGGCAGGGCUGGAUCCCCAGUUGCCAGGGACUUGUUACUCCCCACACUGCCCUCCUGACAAAGCAGAGGCGGGGCCCACCCUUCCUGAGAACCUCGGAGGCGGGAGUGGCUCAGAAGUCAGCCAGAGGGUCCACCCCUCGGACCUGGAAGGCAGGGAGCCUGCCCUGGAGGUUGUGGAGGACAGGAAAGGUUCAUGCAGAAGGCCCUGGGACCGGAGCCUUGAGAAUGUCUACAGGGGCUCGGAGGGUUCCCCCACAAAGCCCUUCAUCAACCCUCUGCCAAAACCCCGGAGAACGUUCAAACAUGCCGGAGAAGGAGACAAAGAUGGGAAGCCUGGCAUCAGCUUCAGGAAAGAGAAAAGAAAUCUGCCUCCUCUGCCCUCUCUACCUCCCCCGCCUCUGCCCUCCUCUCCCCCGCCUUCCUCUGUGAACAGAAGACUGUGGACCGGGAGGCAGAAAUCCAGUUCAGACCACAGAAAGUCCUAUGAGUUUGAAGAUUUACUGCAGUCUUCCUCUGAGAGCAGCAGGGUGGACUGGUACGCGCAGACUAAGCUGGGGCUGACACGCACUUUAUCGGAGGAGAACGUCUAUGAAGACAUUCUAGAUCCGCCAAUGAAGGAGAACCCUUAUGAGGACAUCGAGUUACAUGGUCGCUGCCUGGGGAAGAAGUGUGUCUUGAAUUUUCCUGCUUCUCCCACCUCUUCCAUCCCUGACACACUCACCAAGUCAUUGUCCAAACCUGCUUUUUUCCGACAAAAUUCAGAGAGGAGGAACUUCAAGCUGCUGGACACUAGGAAGCUGAGUCGGGAUGGAACUGGGUCUCCUUCCAAAAUCAGCCCCCCCUCCACUCCCAGCAGCCCUGAUGACAUUUUCUUUAACCUUGGAGACCCACAGAAUGGCAGGAAGAAGAGAAAGAUACCUAAGCUGGUGUUGCGAAUCAACGCCAUUUAUGAGGUCCGGAGAGGAAAGAAACGGGUGAAGAGGCUGUCCCAGUCAAUGGAGAGCAACUCAGGAAAAGUGACGGAUGAGAACAGUGAGUCUGACAGUGACACAGAGGAGAAGCUGAAAGCUCACAGCCAGCGCCUGGUCAACGUGAAGUCCCGCCUGAAGCAGGCGCCUCGGUACCCAUCACUUGCCCGGGAGCUCAUCGAGUACCAGGAGAGGCAGCUCUUCGAGUACUUUGUGGUUGUGUCUUUGCACAAGAAGCAGGCCGGGGCUGCCUACGUGCCAGAACUUACCCAACAGUUCCCUCUGAAGUUGGAAAGGUCUUUCAAGUUCAUGAGAGAAGCUGAGGACCAACUGAAGGCCAUUCCCCAGUUCUGUUUCCCCGAUGCCAAGGAUUGGGUUCCUGUCCAGCAGUUCACCAGUGAAACAUUCUCAUUUGUCUUAACUGGAGAAGAUGGGAGCAGAAGGUUCGGUUACUGCCGAAGACUGCUGCCUGGAGGCAAAGGGAAGCGCCUUCCUGAAGUUUACUGCAUUGUGAGCCGCCUGGGAUGCUUCAGCCUCUUUUCAAAGAUCUUGGAUGAGGUGGAAAAAAGACGAGGUAUCUCUCCUGCCCUGGUUCAGCCACUCAUGAGAAGUGUCAUGGAAGCCCCUUUCCCAGCCCUGGGCAAAACUAUCCUUGUCAAGAACUUCCUGCCAGGUUCAGGAACUGAGGUGAUCGAACUGUGCCGCCCGCUGGACUCCCGGCUCGAGCACGUGGACUUUGAGUCUCUCUUCUCCUCCCUCAGCGUCCGCCACCUGGUCUGUGUGUUUGCCUCCCUGCUUCUGGAGAGGAGGGUCAUCUUCAUUGCAGACAAGCUCAGCACCCUGUCCAAGUGCUGCCACGCAAUGGUGGCGCUGAUCUACCCCUUCACCUGGCAGCACACCUACAUCCCGGUGCUGCCACCCGCCAUGGUCGACAUCGUGUGCUCGCCGACGCCCUUCCUCAUCGGGCUGCUCUCCAGCUCGCUGCCGCUGCUCAGGGAGCUGCCGCUGGAAGAGGUCCUUGUGGUUGACCUCGUCAACAGCCGGUUCCUCAGACAGAUGGACGAUGAGGACUCCAUCCUGCCCCGGAAGCUUCAGGUGGCCCUGGAACACAUUCUGGAACAGAGGAACGAGCUGGCUUGUGAGCAGGACGAAGGGCCCCUAGACGGCAGGCACGGCCCAGAGUCCAGCCCCUUGAAUGAGGUGGUGUCUGAAGCCUUUGUCCGCUUCUUCGUGGAGAUUGUGGGACACUACUCUUUGUUCCUGACGUCGGGCGAGCGCGAGGAGAGAACCCUGCAACGGGAGGCCUUCCGCAAAGCUGUCUCCUCCAAGAGCCUCCGCCACUUCCUGGAGGUCUUCAUGGAGACUCAGAUGUUUCGGGGCUUCAUCCAGGAGCGGGAGCUGCGCCGACAGGAUGCCAAAGGUCUGUUUGAGGUCCGAGCCCAAGAGUAUCUGGAAACACUCCCCAGUGGAGAGCACAGCGGUGUCAAUAAGUUCCUGAAGGGACUAGGCAAUAAAAUGAAAUUUCUCCACAAGAAAUAACUCUCAGCUCAGCCUCAAGAGAAGACUUCCUCCUAGUGCAGCCCCAUGCUUUAAAAACAGUUCCUGGUGGCCUUUCUGAAAGGCUGGGUCCCAGGUUGUCGCCGUGCGGAACUGGAGGCCGCGGUGGCUUCUGGCUGAGGCUGGGCUCUCCCCUGGACGAGAGCCUGGGAGCCGCCCAGGAGGACAGCCCCGGAAAGGGAGCCCGAGACCAGGCAUGUUGCUGACAUGCAAAUGGGUUGUUUUGGCGGUUGGAAUUUUUUUAUCUUAGAUAUUAAAAGUAAGAAAAACGUG